AUGUCUGAAUGUACCGGCCCCUCUUCACCACCUCCUCACCCUGACACUGAAGCUGCAGCAGCCUUCACCACCUCCUCCUCUUCAUCACCACCUCCUCACCCUGACACUGAAGCUGCAGCAGCCUUCACCACCUCCUCCUCUUCAUCACCACCUCCUCACCCUGACACUGAAGCUGCAGCAGCCUUCACCACCUCCUCCUCUUCAUCACCACCUCCUCACCCUGACACUGAAGCUGCAGCAGCCUUCACCACCUCCUCCUCUUCAUCACACUACCUCCUCACCCUGACACUGAAGCUGCAGCAGCCUUCACCACCUCCUCCUCUUCAUCACCACCUCCUCACCCUGACACUGAAGCUGCAGCAGCCUUCACCACCUCCUCCUCUUCAUCACCACCUCCUCACCCUGACACUGAAGCUGCAGCAGCCUUCACCACCUCCUCCUCUUCAUCACCACCUCCUCACCCUGACACUGAAGCUGCAGCAGCCUUCACCACCUCCUCCUCUUCAUCACCUCCUCCUCACCCUGACAAUGAAGUUGCAGCCGCCCCUCUUCACCACCUCCUUUUCUUUACCACCUCCUCCUCUUCACCACCACCUCCUCCUCCUCACAGCACCUCCUCACCCCUGA